AGGCUCCAGUCAGAGCUCAGGAGCUGCCCAGAGGCUGUGGUUCUGAAAACUCCACUCCGGGGAACUAACCACGCAGAGGAGGUACUGAAGACCAGUUGCAACGGGGACAUCAGCUCAAAGGCGUCCUGGAGGAGGAUACAGAACUCCAAGGAAGGAGGAGAACAAAACACAGUCAGAAAAAGCAGAUUCAGUAGCAUUUCUAAGAGGCAGUGGUCGGUUUAACAUGGAUCGCUAAUAGCAUCUCCUACGAUCUGGAUGGUCAGGGAGAGUUGGGUUCUCUGAGUCUCCUCCAGGACACAGAUUCACAGAGUUCAUACCAGGGACUGCCACUGACAGAGAAUCUAGGAAUGGCAAAACCUUAUGUGAAAUCCAAGGAGGUGACAGAGUUGGUCAACACACCAUCUUGGAUGGACAAAGGUCUGAGCUCUCAGAAUGAGAUGAAGGAGGAGGAAAGAAGACCAGCUGCUUAUGGGAUGCUUGGAAGCUUAGCUGAAGAGCAUGACAGUAUUGAGGAGGAAGAAGAGGAGGAAGAGGAUGGGGAGAAGCCUAAGAGAAGGGGUCCCAAGAAAAAGAAGAUGACAAAAGCUCGCCUUGAGAGAUUCAGGGCCCGAAGAGUCAAGGCCAAUGCUAGAGAGCGGACCCGGAUGCACGGCUUGAAUGAUGCCCUGGACAACCUGAGGAGAGUCAUGCCAUGUUACUCAAAGACCCAAAAGCUCUCCAAGAUAGAGACUCUAAGACUGGCCAGGAACUAUAUUUGGGCUUUGUCUGAGGUCCUGGAAACUGGACAGACACCUGAAGGGAAGGGCUUUGUGGAGAUGCUCUGCAAAGGUCUGUCUCAGCCCACAAGCAACCUGGUGGCUGGAUGCCUCCAGCUAGGCCCUCAGUCUGUCCUUCUGGAGAAGCAUGAGGAGAAAUCUCCUAUUUGUGACUCUGCCAUUUCUGUCCAUAACUUCAACUAUCAGUCUCCUGGGCUCCCCAGUCCUCCUUAUGGCCAUAUGGAAACACAUCUUAUUAAUCUCAAACCCCCAGUAUUCAAGAGUUUGGGAGAAUCAUCCUUUGGGAGCCAUCCACCUGACUGCAGUACACCACCUUAUGAGGGCCCACUCACUCCACCUUUGAGCAUCAGUGGGAACUUCUCCUUGAAGCAGGAUGGCUCUCCUGACCUAGAUAAAUCCUACAGCUUCAUGCCACAUUACCCCUCUGCAAGUCUAAGCUCAGGGCAUGUGCAUUCAACUCCAUUUCAGGCUGCUACGCCUCGCUAUGAUGUUCCCAUAGAUAUGUCCUAUGAUUCCUACCCCCACCAUGGCAUUGGGGCCCAACUUAAUACAAUCUUUACUGAUUAGGGCAGUAAGACAAACAUUGCAGAGGAUAAUAUGGAAAUGUUUUCUACAAUUAAAGUGGUUGAGAUGAAAAAUCAAUGACCUUAAAGGAACCCAAUAGAUAUAUAUUGGACGCAAUAUCCCCAGUCCAUUUGGGCCGUCCUGCACCAGCCACUCUCUUUUCUUAUCAGCUUCUCAUAUUGCAUUGAUUCCUUUAGUUAGGGUCCUCAAGUGAAAUUAUUGGAUUGUUACAAUCAUGUGGAAAUAAAACAGAAGUCCUGGGCCCUAUUCAAAUGAUACCAAAAACUCACUGAAUGAUCUAUGCCAAUUAAUUUUUCAUUGCUGACCUCUGUUUACUUACUGGUAAAAUCGGACAAUUUUUUUAAGUCUAGGUAGUCUAGGUGAUUUCUAAAGUCCUUCACAGCUCUGAAAUUCAAUGACUUUGCUGACCACACCUAUAAACUUUUUGAAACUGAAAGGAUUGAAGAAUAUUGGGAAAUGGACAGGAUGUGUGAAAUGAUUAGAUGGAGUUGCCAAAGGAGCACAAGAUGCAUUUUUCUCUGGGACUUGAUAGCACUUCUUUGCAUCUAUCUAAAAAUAGCCUCCAAAAGCUAAAACCUAACUUGGCUUUCACUGUGAAUAACAGAGCAUGUUCUUUUAAGAUAUUAGCUCUAUUUCUUGUUGGUUGAAAGCUGAAGAUCCCUUCAUUAGUGAUUUAAGAACCAUAAUAGAGAUCUCAUACCAACUUGAUUCUUGAUAAUAUUUCAAAAACAUUUCUUCAGCACUAGAGGUGGGGCAAGGAAGUCACUGUAACCCCAGACUCUGAUGAUCCAUGGGACUUAAAGAAGUCAUCUAGACAAUUUCAUAGCCUCAAUAACCCAGAGGCUCUGGGAAUUCUGAAGAAGCUCAGGUGUUGCUAUUGAAAUCAGCAAAAAACCCAGGUCAUAUUCAAAAGCAAUAAAAUGGCUAUUGGCUAUAAUAACUAACCAUAGUUGGGAGACUCCUCCUAUCUCACACCUGCCCAUAGGAAAACCAAACUUUCUCUGGCAAGAUAAAUUUCAUUUGGUUACAGAAAACAUGGUUAAAACUGCUGACUUCUGCCCACAACAAUUAUUAUUAUAUUUUCUAGAAGGAUAAACACCAGUGAAUUUAUUGACCAAACUUGAAUUUUUCCAAUGCACAUAUUCAUUAUCUCCUCCCCUAAUUGUUACCUCUUCCUCACUUUUAAAACAUAAUAUGUUGUUAUACAUUGUUGAUAACAUCCCAAGUGAGCAGACUUAGGGAUGCAAAUCCAAGGCCAGUGAAUGCUUUUACCAAUUUAUGUUUUCAUCACAGGUUUAUCCUGAUUUGCAGGAUGUUUAUUUUUCUUCAUGUAACUCUUCUUUCCUUUAUAUCAACACUAAAUUAGUUAUUUUUUUUUCCCAGAGAAAUGUGAUCUGAGAAAUUUCACUGGUCUGUUCAAUCUGCCAGGACAAUUAUUUAAAACAAACUGAAAGCCUAAAUGGUUUACAUGAUAGUGGAUCUCAUACUGCUCCUGCCAGAGAGGAUAAGUUUAGGAUGUAGGGUACACAAAUAGGGCCAAUGAAUAAAAUUGAUAAGGCAGAUUAGUAUGCUGUUUUCUAUAGCUCAGCUAUCCCCUAAAACCUGCCAAACUAUCUGUGUAUCUUGACUUUUUUGCCCUCUUAUUUAUUAUCUCCUUACGAUCUGAGUUACCCUCUUUCUAUUUUGCUUGCAGCACUAGCUCUGCUGUAUUUUGCACCCUUGGUUUGUAAAUCCCCUUGAAAAUAUCCUUGCAGAGAGAUCUUCUCCCACAGCCACCAAAGUGGUUCCCAUCACCACACCGUUCUGGAGAGAAAAGGCAAGUAAACUGUUUACAAAGCCAUCCUUUCUGAGGCUAUACUGGCACUUACUUUUGUGAGAUGUUGUGGGGGAUCUCUGGCAUUUAAGUUUGUAGAUAAUGAAUAUUGUUGGAGUUAUUUAUUAGAUAUUAUUUAUUUAAUUUAUUUCUCCUCUCCUUUCAUGCAAAUUUCUCAUGUGCUUGCAAACCCUCCCUAAAACUUUGUUUGGAGAAUAGCUCAUAAUUUUCCUAGGAAUUCCCUGAGUUUGGGGUGAGGCUAAAGGAGGAAGUUAGUGUAGAAUUACCCAUAAUGAUUUUAUAAAAGCAGCAAUAAUUUGAAUGGCUAUGCAAGUUAAUAAUCUUGGAUCCCCCACCCCUUUAUUCUGGGAUGAGCCAGUUAUUUUUGGGAAUCUGUUGUUUGUGCUUUUGAGGAAUAUUGUACCCAUGCACCAGGCCUCCCUGAAAUUUUCAGAGAGACUUUCUAAUUGAAUUAAAAUUUGGGAGUGCAGUGUGAUUCGAAAGAGCCUACUCUCUUACCCAAGGUGGUUUCAUUCUUCUGUGGACUUUAUCAAAUAAAAAAAAUCCAGUUGUUUAAAAUUUUUGUAAACAAAA